AUGAUGGAACCGGCCAUGAACCUCUCUGAGGUCCAGAAGAUCACGCUUGAGAAUCUCAAGGCGUUGAUCGUGCACGAGCAAGUGGAUCUUAUCGUGUCUCAAGGCCCGGACGCGCUUCGUGCACGUCUCGAGACCUUCUCGAAUUUUGUGUCCACGUUGAUCGGACAGGUCCACGACCAUUUGGAAUCUGCCAUGCCCACUCGUUAUGUUUCACUACCGGUAACUAAGUUAAGGACUCACCCUCUGGUCUUAAGUGUCAAGACUUUUAACUAA